AUGCCUAUCUUAGCCGCGCGUCGAGACUCUCGGAGUGAGCUGACGGGUACUCACACCGAAAGAGCACACGAGUUCCAGCACUUAGACAGUCGUUAUUUGUCAAGCGGUACUUCACUUUCACAUGGAACGUUCCGUGUAACGAUAGAGUAA